CGCGUUUCUGGACGUCGCCGCCAGGCAGCAGAUAUCAUCAGCACCAAGAAUUAAACGACGUCUUUCUCUCGUGUGAUCCUUUCGACUUAAUCAUAAAUGCUCGUUGAUCAUGUCAGACUUCGCGGCCUGGGUUGAGAAGAACAGGGCCUUGUGGACACGCGUUUAUGAUGAGGUCAUUGCGCCUGACUGUGAGAAAGAGUGGAAGAAGAAGGAGGAGCAUCAGAAUGAGCUGAAGCAGAGAGACGAGAACCAGCAACUAUUGUUCAACCAUAUCAAUGAACAGAUUGUCAAAAAUGCGAAAGUUGUCGAGGAGAACGAGAGGCUGGAGACCGAGCUUAAGCAAAGAGCUGAGAGCACAGCACCAUCAAUGAACCUCGAAGAUGCAUCUACACCAACAACAACAACAACAACGGGCGUUUCUGAGGAGCAACACCACGAACUCGUCGAGAAGUACGAUGAGUUGAGCAAGAAGUAUCAAGACCUCUCGCAAAAGAUCAAAUAUCUCGAAAGGAAGAACAACGCCGUCAUGCAGAAGAACAGAGAUAUGAAAGAAAGUGUGCGUGCGUGGCAGCAGUACGCCGAUCGCCAAAAACCAAACCAAAAGCACCAGGGUGCCGCGAGAGCUGAUGAAGGUCCAUCGAAACUAUUAGCUGCUCCUCAAAGUGACGAGGUCCCACCACAAAUACCCUCGAGUCCAACAUCUGUCAGCACUAUGCAAACGCCAUUGCAACGUGCUGGACGAGGGCGCUCAUCCCCUGCUCCCGGCGUGCUACACAUGGAAACCGAAGCCGGCUAUGAACCAUCACCAAGUGCAUCAGUCACACCAAAAGGACCUACAGCUGCAAGCUCCAACGAACAUCAAGGUGCAGCAUACGGCGAUUCUUCCUUGAACGCGAGAUUGGACCGGACUCGCCGAUACCAUGUCGAGGUUAAUGGAGCGCCGAGCUCAAGUCAGACUACAGUGGACGAAGGUGCUGAUCAGAUCACUCGACGAACUCAAGCAGUCGAGGCGGAAGACGAAGACGACUUGCCACAAGUCGUUUCGGAGCGGUCGCUUAAGCGCAAACGGGGCCAGCAUUCGAGGAUCGAUCUAUACACAGGACGUUCUUCUGAUGGGACUCCUGCAAAGCCUCACCGUGUCAAAGACGAACCAUUGAGCAGCCCGCCACCUGCAAUGCAUAUACUCAUGCGCACUGAAACGAUUGAUCUCGACGAUCCAGCGCCUCGUGACUUCGAAGUAGCUCGUCCUUUGCAGAGAACUCCGUCGAUGCACUCAAACACUACCGGUACAAUUCGUCAUCAACGAUCUGGUAGCGCACCAUCCUCGCAGAUUGUGAAACAAGAGAAUGCACAAAGAGAGCAUGGAGGAAGUGAUCGGGCGUCCAACGUUCAAGAUCGGCUUCAGAUUGCUGCUGCGGAGGUGCGAGCGCUCAGCGAGCCCACGGACCCACACUCAGACGACCAGCAGGUCCUUCAGCCUCUUGACCCCAACAUCGUUGCAAAAACACCUGAACGCACCCCGAACAAGCGCCUGAAGCAAGUGAAAACCCGACAUAUUGAGCAUGGCAUCCUCGCAGAGUCCGGUGAGGCGCUCCCACCUCUGGACGAGAACGAGUUGAGACUACCUCCAAGCGCCGCUCGUGCACGGCUCAAUCAAAGGAUGCGAGCUACAAAGAACCCUCAGACACCUGCAAAUCGAUUGCACCGUACUCCUACAUCAGGAUCACCGCUCGUGAAGCAGGAGCAAAUACCAACUCCUCCUGCCAGUACAUCUCGACCUGCACAGACACCUUCAGGUUCAGGUGGACUUCGAAGGUCUGCAUCGAAUGGCCUUUCAAACCAGCAAGAAGACGUUGUACCUGAUGGCCGGCCAAUCUGGAGCAUGCGGGCACCUGAUAAGCGACCUAGUGCACAAAAGAAGAACAUAUCCCCUUCUGACAGGCAGCCACGUCUUCGCGAAAAGCCAGUGAAGGAACUCAAGGUCCACGACUUCAAACCAAACCCAGUCUACAACCACGGCUACAGCUACGCGUUCUCAGAAGCGGUCCGCAAACGGGGUGACCGCAUGUGUCUUCCAGGUUGCACCAACCCACAGUGCUGUGGCUCCCAUUUCCGCCGACUGGCUGAGGCGCUGGAGCUACUUCCUGCACUACAAGAAGAGGCUCUGCUAGAGGAGUACCUUGGUGAUGCAUACAGCACAGUUAUGUCAACGCAGAUGUCAUCAGAUGAACGUGCUGAGCUGAUCCUGCAAGCACGUACGAAGAAGAUGGCAAAGGACGCUGGCAAGCAUCGAGCAGCCUAUGAACGACCCCGAACGCCCCCUGGCUUCUGGCGCGUCGAUUUUCCCACUACACAAGAGCAGGAGGAUGAUAGAAGACGGGCCAAGGAGCAGGAGAUUAAGACCGUGCAAGAGUGUUGGCUUGAGGCGCAGAAAGAGGGUGGCAGGUGGAUCUUCAGAGACGAGUGACACUGAUCAAACUCCGUGGUUGGAUUGGCAGUCAAUUAGAAAACAACUCCCUGCAACUUCUCGUUGCGAACGUAUGCGGUGCGGCUGGGUAGGGAAGGUGCCUUCUCCUGGUGCGUCGCUCAUGCCACCAGCUGUAGUGUUGUCAACAAUGCGACUUCGUCCUAUCACAUCACCGCUGCUGCCUUCCGUCUUCUU